CCCACGAUGAGUGCAGGUCUCACGCUCCGUGUGCCACGCCUUACAACGACAUGAUCGUCUGGCACCCGGAAGCCUGCGCCAUCUGUUACGACCUGGCCAGUCAGCUGGUGGAGGGGGCUGCCGGUGUGAGGGAAGUCGCCCUAGCAACCCUGAAAGCGUGGGUGGGCGGCUUCGGGAAGAACGCCGCCAAAGGCCAGCCUUACAUAUUGGACAAGAAGCUGGCCGUUCAGAUCUUCCCCGGUGGCAAGUCAACAGGGUAUGUUGACCCCAUAUCCGCAGCCCCUCUCAUAGCCUCCAUCCAGCAGGAGAUGCAGCAGUCUUUCGGGGUCGGGGCCACGCAAGAGUCGGUCCCGGACGUCGCAACCUUGGACCUUAAUAUUGAGCCUAUGGCGGUAGGUGCUGAGGAUUUGUUGGUUGAGGUAGGUGUGUCGGGUGCCCAAGGUCUUUCCUUGGGCGCUCCUGGAUCUUCUCCUGUCCCUUCUUCUACUGCUUCUUUCCAAGGCUUUUUGGGAUCUGAGAUCCCUACCCGCUCUCCCGCUCUCUCUGUACCCCCAAAGGUGAAGGGACAGAGAGAACCGAAGACCCUGGUUAAGACGACUUCUAAAAAGUCGUCGUCGUCUUCUUCAGCUAAGAAGUCUUCGACUUCCUAUGCUGACGCGGUGAAGGCUAAGCCGAGCUCUUCAUAUUCAAAGAGCUCUAGAAGCAAGUCUUCUAAGGAGAAGGCUCGCGCUCCCGCCGAGCCAAUGCCUUCUCCGGCCUCCACCGCAUCCACUCCGGCAACGCCGGUUGGAGUAGCGGGACCUAGCACCUUUGAUCCCACUGCUUUCUCAGCAGUGGUGAUGCAACAGGUAGGUGAGAUGGUUGGCUCACAAGUCUCCGCCCUAGGAACAAAGUUCGAGCAGAUGUUCGCACAACUGUCGAACACUCUGUCUCAGUCGGGCCAGUCCAUCCAAGAUCUCUCUAACAGAGUUAGAGAGAAUGAGGACCGAGUAGCUGGGCUUUCUCAGGCUCCUCUUCCAGUCUCCCCAGUAGCAAGUGCUGGUAUUUUCCAGCUUCCACCUUAUGAGUCACUACCACCUUUCUCCAUGGAGAACCCAUGGAGAGUGGCCGCUUACGCUCCGUUCAAAGAUGGUAUGAUCUCUGUCCCGGAGUGUGGAACUCGAAGGAUUGAGGACUUCGAGUUUUAUCCUCCGGGAUUGACGCAGCCUUUCAUUGGUUAUGCUAGGCUGACCGUAGCGGCGCUCACUAGGGAGGACAAGAUCUCCAGGGAGAACGUUCUCUAUAGUAGAGAUCACGCUCAACGCGAAUGGGUUCACUGCCUUGAGGACUGGGAGUGUACCAACACCAAGCUCCAGGCUUUCAAGAGUCCUUUUACUAUUUUUGCGACGGAGGAGGAGGCUUCUCUUCCGUUCGCUACAAAAAUAGUAGAAACGACUCUUCAGGCAGUCCUCAAGGAUGAGCCCAUGCCACAGCUGAGGGAAGCAGAGUCUACUUCUCCGCUCUUCCCAGCUUUCGGAGAAUUGUGGGAGAACUUGCCAGCCACGUUCACGCUUGGUAAGCUCAAACCGGACUGUGCUAUGGACCAGUUCGGCGAAAAGCUCCCAAGGCUGCCUGAUUCCUUGAUUCAGGCAGAGUUCGACGCUCGAACUAGGUUUGGCAGGUCCCUCAAUUCUCUGAUUAUCACAGAGAUGGCUGCUCUCUCGUAUGGCACGGAACCUUUGUUUAAGAUUCUGGCCAAGUCCCAGCUUCAGACGGUUCAGACGGAUGCUUUCGACUUCUUCCAAGCUAGGAGGAAUUGCCGAAAGCACGUUCUGCAGGAGUGCACUAUUAGGCACGAACCUAAUAGACUCCUGGCUUCCAGCAUGUGGGGAGCGGAUCUCUUCCCAGAGUCCGCUGUAAAUGAGGUACACCACGAGGCUGCUAGGCUCAACCAGAGCCUUAGAGCUAGGUGGGGUAUCUCAUCUAAGAGGAAGCAAGAAUCCGCCCCUACUGCUGGUAAGAAACCAAAGAAGUCUGGUAAAAGGUUCCAGCCUUACCAGAAACACCAGCAACAGCAGCAAUUCGUUCAGGCCGUCCCGGUUACCCAACAGGGACAAACCUUCUACAUCCAAGCAGACCCAGCCCAUCCUCCUGCUGUCCUCAGUCCCAACCCUCGACCUCCUACGCACUCUCGCCGGCCUUCAACCCUAUGUAUGAAGUCUCUCACGUUACCAGAGCCAGGAAAUGUUGGGUAUGAUAAAUUGGCGUGUCGUCAGUCAGUUGAAUAUGGAACUCGGGCAACCUGGCUGUCCCAAAGUCCUCAUCACCUUGACUCAACACACCUCUUCUUUCCCACAACAGCUCAUACACCUGAUCUUUGUAAAAAUUCUUGGAGCAAUGUUAAGUCCCAAAGGCAUGACUGUGAACCUGCAUUUUGGCCAUUGCUUUUCCUUAAUGAGAUGGCUUUUGGACCUUGUGAAAAGGAUGUCCUUGCUGAUGUGGUGGUUGUUGUUCCUUUUGGCCAUCUACCUGUUCAUGAGGAAAACUUUUGGAGGUGA